AUGUCGCAACCCCUCGCCGCCUCCAACAUCUUUGACCUCACCGGCGCCGUCGCCCUCGUCACGGGCGGCGGAACCGGCCUGGGCCUCAUUGCUGCCCUCGCCCUCGCCACAAACGGAGCCAAAGUCUACAUCACGGGUAGGAGAAAGGAGAAGCUCGAUCAGGCCGUCAAUGCCCAUUCCCAGGGCCUCAAGGGCAGCCUCGUCGCCAUCCAGGGCGACGUCGGAUCAAAGGACGACCUCAUCCGCAUCGCCGCCGAGGUCGAAAAGGCCGAUGGAAAGCUCCACGUCCUCAUCAACAACGCGGGGGUGGAGGGACCAGUAACCAACCUCGGCGACGACCCGUCCAAGCUGAGCGUGGAAGAGUACUCGCGCAUGCACCUCGAAAACGAGAGCGUGGCCGACUGGGACGCCCUCUUCCGCGUCAACACGCACGCCGUCUUUUUCGCCACCAUGGCCUUUCUCCCGCUCCUCUCGCGCGCCAACGCCGCCCCGCCCGCCGGCGCGGCCGGCAAGGCGUUCAGCGCGUCCGUCAUCAACAUCACCAGCAUCUCGGGCAUCGUCAAGAUGUGCCAGAACCACUACGCCUACAACGCCUCCAAGGCAGCGGCCAACCACAUUACGCAGAUGAUGUCGCACGAGCUGCGGUUUCGGACCAACCUCGGUCUGCGGUUCAACGCCAUCGCCCCCGGCCUCUUUGCGAGCGAGAUGACGACAAAGCAGUCCGACGACCAGGGUCGCAGCGACCCAAACAACCUCGGCGCCCACGCCAACCCGGCCGGUCGAGGCGGACAGGAGUCCGAAUUCGCCGGUCUCGUACUCCUCCUCGCUUCCAACGCUUUCAUGACCGGUCAGGUCGUCGCUGUCGAUGGUGGCUUUGUUAGCGCCGUCUCGGCUGCCCGUUGA